AUGUCUCAGUUAGAUUCCUACCUCUCGAGCAUCAGCUCCGUUGAGCAGCAGACCCUCCAACGACUUGAGAAGUACACGCCGCUGAAUGAAAAAGAUGACACGAGACGUGUUCUAUUAGCCUUCCUCGAGAACCUUCCGCAAGAUGGGAAAGCAAAUCUGAUCGACGACAUCCUAGACUGUCCAGGCGACUUGGCGUUGAACCGACAUGCUCGUUCACUUGUUGAGGGCUUAUUGUUCCCUUUCAGAGUACAACCGAAGACACCCAGCAUAAUAGCCUCCGAGAGGUUUAGAAAAGAAGCCACAAUUGAGAAUGUUUCUUUGAGACUCGAUGAUCUUUGGCUCAAUAACCAGAAGUGUCUCAAAGCGGCGUGCUUGAGACGCGACAGGAGAAAGUGUCUAAUCACAGGUGCUUUUGAUACCACAUAUGCCGCUAAAUCCGACGCACAAUUUACCCCCACCAAAUGUGCGCCAAUCCUUCCAAUCGCUCUGGGAAGGUGGGAAAACAAAGAAAGAUGUACCUCUGCUAUUUGGGUUCUUCUGGAUCGUUGUUUCCCGUCACUGCGCUCCAGCAUUAGUUUCACACCAUCUUCGAUCAAUACCCCCUGCAACGCGAUAACAAUGAGCGCACCUCUGCACGAUAUGUUCGGUCGGUUUAACUUCACACUGAUCGCGACUGACAAGCCGCAUGUGUACCAGAUUAGGAACUUUACGCCACGGGAUACUCUCUCAAUCCAUUUGCCUCGGGAUGGGUUGGUUAAGUUCGAGCAAAAUGGCACAUACAAAUUGCCCUGUCCAUUGCUUCUCUCGAUACAUGCCACGAUUGCGAAGAUACUUCACGCCACUGGGAAGGCCAAAGAGGCGGAUCGAGUUCUGAAAGAUAAAGAUAUGCAAGGAGCUUUGGCGAGAGAUGGGAGCACGGACAUUGUAAGACUGUUGUCUGUAACAUCCCUUGCAUACCGAAGACUAAACCAGCCAUGAGGUUUAAGAUUCAACACGAAAGGUGUCGGAAGAAUCAAGAGUUGA